AUGCCGAAGGGGCGGCGCGGCAGCCACAGCCCCACUAUGAGCCAGCGGCCGGCUCCGCCCCUCUAUUUCCCGUCCCUCUACGACCGCGGCAUUUCUUCCUCUCCGCUUAGCGACUUUAACAUCUGGAAGAAGCUUUUUGUGCCGCUGAAGGCUGGCGGAACGCCGGCUGGUGGGACGGCAGGGGGCCGGUCCCUGCCCCAGGCGCCCCCGGCUCCGGCACCCCUGCCUCCGCCGGGCCUUGGUCCCCCCAGUGAGCGCCCCUGUGCUCCUCCCUGGCCCUCCGGCCUGGCACCCAUCCCCUAUGAGCCUCUGCGCUUCUUCUACUCUCCUUCAACUGGGCCAGAUGUGGCCCCCUCGCUCCUGGCGCCUGGUCCCUCGGCCCCCCGUCUCGCCUGUGCUUCCCACCCCGAGGAACUGUGCGAGCUGGAGAUCCGGAUCAAGGAGCUGGAGCUGCUCACCAUCACUGGGGACGGCUUCGACUCUCAGCGCUAUAAAUUCUUGAAGGCGCUCAAAGAUGAAAAGUUACAAGGACUGAAGACCAGGCAGCCUGGAAAGAAGAAGGUUUCUCUUCCCUGA